AUGUCUGAUACUCGCUGGUUCGCACGCGCAGAUGCGACGAAAGCGCUGGUGGACGGAUAUGAUGAAAUCUGCGAUGCCUUGUUAGAGCUUGCUGGCGACAUGGAACAGAAAGCUGCCACCCGGGAAGAAGCAAGAGGUUAUGUCGACAUCAUGAAUCGGCUGGAAACAGGCAUACUAGCUGUUUUGUGGUAUCAUAUUCUACAUCGUUUUCACGGCAGCAGUCAAGUUCUACAGUCCGCCGAACAAGACCUCAAUUCAGCCGUUGCAAUCUACGAGUCUCUUGCGGAUUUUAUCCGAAAGCUGCGCACCAGAUUCGAAGAGUUCGAAAGGAAAGGAAAGGUACUGAGUGAAUGUGACCAAUACAAGGAAGACGUCCAACGAGUGCGUCGACGUAAUCGCCAUUACGAUGAUCCGGAAGCAGCACCUGAACAGCCGCAGACUCCAGCCGACAAGUUUCGGACAGGAACGUUUCUGGUAAUUGUAGACAGCAUCGCCAGUGAAUUGCAGAAACGAUUGGACGCCUAUUCAGAAAUUGCUGCGAAGUUUGGCUUCUUGCGAACGUCUUUACCGCCUAAUUGUUGCCAAUAA